AUGGGUCAAAAGUCUUUCUUUGCUCAACAAGAUGAGGCUGCCAAGAAACUGGCAAAGAGCGGCUAUGUAUUUGGCGCUCAUGCGGAAGAGGAUGCCAUCCGUGGAAAGGAUAAAAGAAUAGUCAAGACCAAGAAGAUAUAUUCUGACGCUGUCCGUCGUUGGAUGGUCUUCGUUGAACAAAAUGGAAUCAAGGGCUAUGAUUCUAGGCCAGUCUGUGCCACUCCAGACUAUAAGCUCCUCAAAGAAUUCUUCCGCUGGUAUGGCCAUACCGCACAAGGAAAGAAAAGUAAGAAUGGAAGACCGGUGAUGACAUCAUUUCUCAACUGUGCCGAAAGGCUGUUCGGCGGGUUUGAGGAAGAAUUGCAAAUCAAUAUUGUGAUGGAGGACCGAAAGGAGAUAUUCAACUGGAUAAGGAGAACAUUGGCAGGCACGGAAAAGUGGGUUGAGAAUGUUGAAGAUCCAGACCACAGCUUCACCAAGAAGGAUUUUCUGCGAGUUAUAUCGUCUAUAUGGCAGUCAGAUCAUCGCCAAUUCAUUCCCGGGUUACUGAAGGCUAUCAUCACGCUAGCUCUUCAACUAUAUCUUUUCACCGGAGCAAGAAUUGGAGCUUUUAUACCAGCCUACGAGGAAAGAGGCGAAAGAGGCCUAAGAUAUAAGCACAUAGAGCUGGUCUUAUUUCCAUCCUUGACGGCCCCCUGGAAGGUCGAGUGGAAAGUCAAUCAAGUGUGGCUAAAGAAUAACCGAAACCCAGACUACACUGUGUUUGGAAUUGGAAUCCGUGACACUAAGAGACCACAGUUUGCAUCUGGCUAUGUCCUUCUAGCUAUUGCCCUUCAGCAUGGUGCCCUAUUUGGCAUCGAAACAGUGGAGGACCUAGCGCAGUAUGAUCUUUCAGAUGGACGACCAAUUCCGUUACGCUGGAAGGAUGAAUAUUUGGAUAAGCCUGUGCUCAGAAAUGUCACGGCCAACGGCCCACAGGAUGUUCCACUCACCAAGGAGCGAUUUUGUGAGAUACUGCGUGGGAGAGUCACUGCGGCUGGAUACAGCAAGAGUCUGAAUAUUCAUAAAAUUCGGAAGCAUCUGGGAAGUGUAAUCGAAGGAAAGCAUGGUUCUGCAUUGGUAUCGCAAAUAUACGGACACAAAGAUGCGGGAACAUAUCCUAAACACUAUUUAUUACACUGCUCUUCGAUCGAUACUGUUUCGGCUGUUCUAGGUGAGGAAGAUCAGUCGAGUCACAUUGAGUACUUCCAAGGAUUUGAAAAGUUUUAUGAGUGCGGACUUCCGGGGGAACUGCCAGCGGAAGUCGAGCAGAAUAUCCUGCUAAAGCCGGAAUUGGUCGAGAUCAGAAGUCGGAUCGAGAAACUUGAAUCCUUACAUGGAGAUAAACUAUCCCUCGCUGCGGAGCGACUGAACUACAGAAAGUCCCUGGUUCGAUGCCGCCUUUCUGAGCUGAAGAAAUACCAAACCAGCUGGAUACGGGAAAGAAGAGACAAAAGAAUUCUCAAUAAAGGGAAAGAGGAGCGGGCGCUUGAUGAUGAUGAUGACGUUUGCACGCGGGUUCAAGCUUUAAUUAUGCCUGAAACUUCACGAAUUUCAACCUUGAUGCAUUUUGACGGCGAGCUUUCCUUCAAUGAAAUGCUCCUUUUUGUUGAAGACCUAAGGAGUCACUGUGAACGUGACUUCGAUGUGGUCUAUCUUCCACAAGAAAGCCCCAUUAAAGGUCGCUGUCCCGCUACAGACUGCAACGAAGAGAUUACACGUCUGAAAAAACUUGACAGGAGUAUCCACAUUCACAACUGUGUUCGACGCGAGAUUUCUUUGGAGCUUGGUGUCUCAGAAUCAGAGUUGAAGUUUUGCUACGAGUGCAUGAAGUGGUUUCAGUUAACUCACUGGCGAGACCACUGCUCUUCCCACCUUCAGUCAUGGGGAACUCGGCACUGUGAGGUGAUCAGUUAUCGUCACACGGUGAUUCGCCCCGGCUACUGCCCCUUUUGUUUGUGGAACAAAGAUCUUGUCGCUGAAGACCGCUUACACUACUGGUUGACCAGUGGUAAUUUGAGACAGCACAUUGAAGAGCAACACAUGAACGGAGAUCAGACCCCUGGAACGAAGUCGAUAUGCGGAUGUGGCCAAAUAUUCGACGAAGAACGUCGCCUCAGAUACCAUUUGCAUGACAUUCACGGGCUAAACAAAGCCAUAUGGCUAGAACCGACGCGCCGGAAGAAGAGAAAAAAUGCUUCCAAGACGGAAGCGCAAAAGUCAUCAGCAAAGCCAGAGGAGCGAUGCUCUAAAAGAGCUCGCUUUUACCACUAUCCGCCUCCACGUCACAAGCAUGAAUAUCAAUUAUCAAACCAAGUUUUCAUGCCUGUUCCCGCAUUGCAUGCCUUUGUUGAAGAACAUCCAGAGCAAGAUUAUUGUUCAAUUUUGAGCGAUAAGUCAACUAAAAGCAGCGAUAGUAGUUCAGUUACUCCCUGCUCUGCGACAAGUUCUCCGCUCUGCUCACAACCGACAACUUCUGGUUUGGAUGUCAUUGAUCCAAGAAUCCUCACCCCGUUAGAGGCUGACCAAGCCUGGCGACCUCAACUCUGUGGUCAGGAUACAAUGGAAACGAACAUGCUUGAAAUUCCUCUAGAUGGGCAAGAUAACAAACCCCAAGCAUUCAGCUUUGGAGCACAUCCAGGGGAUCAUAUUCAAGGUGUUGCCGAUCAAAACAUCCCUAAUUUGGUGGCAAUUGGUUCUUGCUCUCUCGAGCCGCCUGAUCAUAACACAAAUGGUGCAUACGAAGCUCGUGGUGAGGUUGCCAACCAGCUAAAAUCCCCUAGCCUAUCUCCAAUCAAGGUCAAGGCCACAGAGAUGGCCACAGAGAAGGCCACAGCAGUGAGUUCUAUGCAAUUGCACAUUCUGAAAGUGCCCACCACAAGCGAAGUGAAUGCGGAGAAGAAAAACUCGCGAGAUGCCCAACCCGUUUCCGAGUCAGACAACCGCAUAUGUUUUAAUGUGGAGAACAAGCUAGAAAGUCAUCCUCCCGCCCAUCAAAUACUCAUCGAUGCGAUCACACCUCUUGGUGGGGGUUCUACCACUGAUCUCAACAAACCUCUUACUCGAGCCCGGGCAAGACAGCUGCCGAUGCAACAGUUCGUGAACCGUUCGACAGAGAAAACACUCCGACAGAAGCUUAAGCCAACGGAGAAACGGAAACUUCGUGAGCUCAAGAGCCAAAAUUGGACUCUGAGGCAAAUUGGGCCUCAUUUUGCGGAUAUAGAUAUGACCUGCUUACGGCAAGCUUGGACGGAUAUCACACCUCCUCAGCGAUGCACUCGACCACGGGCUAAUCUGGUAGGAUAG